CUAUUCUAAUAACUAUAUAGGUAAAUAUACGUAAUAAACGUAUUUAAGUUUUAAAUUUUUUAUAAGAAAUUCACACUUAAAUAUUAACAUCAUAUACACUCAUCAAUCAUAACUUUUACACAUACUGAUGGCUUAUAGCAAUAAAAUUUCACUUAGGUUAAACGGCAACAAGAUAUUAUCCAACAAAAGCGUUAGCGGAAAGUUGUCGUCGCGUGAUAAAAUGGCCAAACGGAUGCCAACGGUCAGUUCAUUCGAACCUGGCGAUUCGACAACAGCGAAAUUUGUAAGUUCGGUGUCCAAUUAUUCCAAAGGCUCAAAUAUUACCUUAUCGCAUGACAAGUCUCAUCGAGGUAACUGCAAAAACUCUGUGGGCACAGUGGACCAAGCGAUCCGCGAAAGAAAAAUAUUUACCGCGGUAGUUAAAAUGCCGGCCGAGAUUCAAACGACGUUGAUCGAGAAUGGUUGGAUCGGUAAAAUUAAAGUCGACGACGACUAUUUUCGAAAAAGCAGUCCCACCGUAAUAUUAUCGUUACACAAUAACGUCGAACGCGUCAAGGCGGUCGUAAAGCGUUAUGAAUCCGGUCUGAUAUGGACAGACUCACACAGCGGCGGCAUCAACUGGAUGACGUUAGACCCGGAUGUCGUGAUUAAUCGGUUCCCGAGGGAUGCGAACACCGCAUUGAAGCUAUGCGGCAACAUUCUGGCCGACAAAUCAGAGUUUGAUGUCCACUAUCCGAGGGCAUACCGUGCAUGCGCCGACGAGGUACACGCGGACCGUAGCUUCGUUGCAGACUAUUCAUUAACUGCUUGCAUGUCGUUAUUACGAGCAUUUGUGGACGGUGAUCAUCGAGCCAUGUGCGCAAAUAGCGGUCAAGCUCCUCUUUCGGCACUCCACUUCGCCGCUAUUAAAUGCCACCAAUAUUUAACGGGCGACGGAUCGCUAAGGACGUCUGAUUUUUCGGGCAAAGGAGCUGGCUGGGAAACGUUUUUCGAACAUUACUAUAUGAUAGUGCACGAGCAGAAGAAGUUCACUGUGCCAGGGACGGGUGACGACGUGGACGCGGCACUCCACUACUUGGCGGCGUCUAGUAGGCUGAUCGUGAAUCAGAUGGCGAAGGCGAGGCCGCAGACGGCGAUGGACGGCUACAAGAACAUUUGGAUAGUCAAGGACGCGGUGGGCAUGCACCGUCACCGGCCGGUGAUGUUGCACAAGAUCGGCGACGUGCUGGACCGGUGCGCGCGACCGGGCGCUGCCACCGACCGCAUAGUGCAGAAAUACAUCGAGACGCCACUGCUGCGUAACAACAUUAAGUCGGACGUAUACACGUGGAUCGUGCUAUCGACGCUCGGCGGCCGACUGACAGUGUGGCUGCACCGGACUUGCGUGGUGCAACCGUACGCGCACAAAUUUUCGUUGCAACGAGAUGCCGUCAAAACCGGGCACUUUGAGCGGUUCAAGACGGGAGGGCUGCACGGGAUGCUGCGGGCGUCGGCGCUGAUCUGUGGCCUCAAGCAGCUCGGGUCGAAAAUGCGGCGCAGCGCGAAAAGUGCGGACAAGCUGUCGCAACGGCGGGUGAACGGAAACGACAGUGACGUCGAACACGGCGACCACGUGUACACGGCGGUCAGACGGUCCGUGGUGUCGGCGGUUACCGCGGCCGCGGCGUCCGGCUCCAUCAAUCUGCGACCCAAUUGCUUGGAACUGUUCCGCGGCACGUUCGUGUUGGGCGACGACUUGCGGCCGUGGCUGAUCGACAUCGUGUCGGACGACCCGUGUCUGGCCGCCGACCGCGAAGAACACGACCGGCUGGCGUCUCCCGCGGCCACUCGCGCGACCCGGACAGUGGUGCAAGGUGUAGCCAAGAUGCUGAUCGACAUCGGCCGCCGUGGUCGUGUGGCCGCUAGGUGUGGCAUGUUCGACGUGGUGCACGAGUGUCCGUUACCGGCCGGCGCCAAAUCUUACGUUCCGCGACUGUUCGCCUCGGCGUCUAAGUCGUCGAUCGCCAAAAGACAAGUCGCUAAAAGGGCUAGCAAACGGCCGAGCAUGUCCAGACGAGUAUCGUCGCGCGCCAACCACUCGGACGCCUUUCACCAACAAUACUGGUGGAACGACGAUAACAUUCACACGUACGUUGAGAUGAUUAGUGCGGACGACGUGCAGGAGCCACAGCUGCACGAUCGGCCUCGUUUGGCGACCGGUAUGCUAACGGCGAUGUCGGCGUUGACGGAAGAUGACGCGGAUCUGUUUAUCGGGUCGGCCGAAAACGACGGUCAUCGCGAUCCUAUCGAAAGCCGCAGGUGUUUAAAGCUGUUGGACAAGUACAAGACAAAAAUCACAUCAGUGCAAAGAAUUUACAAGUCAAUCAUACGCCGAAACCGCAAUAAUAAGAAACGCUACACGUAGUGUGAUGAAUUUCGAUCGCUGUCGAUCAGCAUCUUGGCCACACCCCCGUCUUGAACUACUCAAAGUGACCGGUUUUGACGACCUCUCGGUGCAAUGAAAAUUUGUCCGCAUACGGUUGCACCAAGCAAGUCCGGUGCAGCCACACUGUCAGUCGGCCCCCGAACGUCGAUAACACGAACUACGUGUAUACACGUCCGAUUUGAUGUUGUUACACAGCAACGAUGUCUCGAUGUACUUGCACUAUAUGCGGUCCGCAGCUGCAGCACCCGAUCACGUGCAUCGCCGUUCAGAAAGUCGCUGAUCUUGUUCAGCAUCACCAGCCGGCGACGGCGCAGACCCGUCGCGUCCUUGACUAUCCAAAUGUUCUUGUAGCCGUCCAUUGCCGUCUGCGGCCUCGCCUUCGCCAUCUGAUUUACGAUCAGCCUACUAGACGCCGCCAAGUAGUGGAGCGCCGCGUCCACGUCGUCACCCGUCCCUGUCACAGUGAACUUCUUCUGAUCGCGGUGCACUAUCAUAUUAGUAAUGUUCGAAAAACAUUUUCCAGCCAACUCCUUUGCCCGAAAACUCAAACGUCCUUAUCGAUCCGUCGCCUGUUUAAUGUUGGGGCCUUUAAUAGCGGUGAAGUGAAGUGCUGAAAGAAGAACCUGCAGAUGGUAGAUUAAAACGAUCCACAAG